AUGAAGUUCCAAAGCACCUCUGCGGCCGCAGCUUUGCUGCUUGGCCAAGCUUUCGGCUAUCCUCUCCCUUCUUCCAACUUGCUCCGCCGAGAGGUUCCCCAGGAGCAUUCACACGAUCUUUUCCUCUCCAUUACGAACGAAGCUCUUGCCAAGAACAACCCCAAGGGCAUCACUGAUGCCGUCUUUGGCCUGCUUGGUAAUGCAGCGGCUGCAGGUGGCGCUGGAAGUGUAACCAACUUGGACUGCCUCAAGCAAGAGACAGCUGAUCAGGCUUUCACCAAUGGCAAGGCUGCUAAAGACAUUCGACUCAUGGCUGGUGCAUUGGUGUACCAGGCCCUGGAGAGAAACACCGGCAAAGUCGGACUCGCCAGUGUUACUUGCACUGAACAAGCUGUGAACCCCGAAAUCGAAGCCGUAAAGCCCCAUCAAGACCCGGCAUCCGCCAAUGCUGCUUCCAUAAAUAAGGGUAUUACUCUUGAGUUGGCGAAGCAGCUCAAGGCCAUCGGAGCGGAUCCCAACCUUGCCCUCUUGAGUGGCACUUUUGCCCCAGGCGAUCUUAACGAUGCCACAGCCAAGGGUAACACAUGUGACGAUACCGAUCCCCAGCUUGGAUGUAUCUUCACAACGGGCAAGCUUGUUCUUGACGCUAGCCAGGACGAAGUCGCAUCAGCUGUUUCCGCUGUGUCUCAGACAUUUACCGGCACUGGCGGAGGCGCCGCUGCUCCGACAGACAACAGCAAUGCUGCGACAACCACUCAAGCAGUUGCUCAAGCAACCCCCCCACCGGCUGCUCAAGCAUCUUCCACCCAAGCUGCUGCUGCCACUCAAACCGAAGCCGCUUCUAGCGGUAGUGCGCCUUCUACAGCUAGCGGAAACAAUGUUCAGACCUUCACCGGCUCUCUUGGCGGCCCUCCCCCUCCUGUCGUUUCAGGCACCGGAAACCGACCAUUUUCCGUUAAUGGAAAUACCUUUGUCAACAUUGGAGCCGCUCUUGGACGGUCUUGCGAUAUCCAGCACAACGCCUGCGCCGAUGCUGCCAACUCUGGUCAGCUGUCCGGAGGAAUAGGCCAAUGUGACGACCAGAACACCCAGUGCAAGGCCGCUGCAUCUGGUGCUUCCAACACCAAUGCUUCCAACACCAGCAACACCAGCAACGGUGGAGCAAACAACUCUGCUAGUGGUAACAACGCCGAUAACGGUAACGCCGGCAAUGGAAAUGCAGGAAGCAGUGCUGCUACGGGCGAUUUCGGCUCGUGCUCUGACCCCAGCAUCAAGUUCGCCAACGGACUUGAUGGCCGCACUGAACCUGCCUUUGCCCCUGUCAACGAGGCUGACUUCAACCAUGGCUCAGCUUUGGCAAUCAAGGUCAUUUCCGACUUCAUCUGUGACCGACUCAACUCUAGCUGCAAGGCUAGUGCUGCAGUGGUUUCCACGUGUCAAAGUGCUUCUGCUGCUGCGUCCCAACUGACGGGCCAGGCUGCAGCCGAUGCUUUCAACAAGGCUCUGGGAGUUUAA